AUGAACUCUUCGAAACCAUGCUCUGGAUGCAAAUCAGAAACAAAUUCUUUUUUUAACUGUCCAAUCUGUUUUAUUAAAAAAGAUUGUUCCAUAGUAUUUUGUUCACAGCAAUGUUUUUCCGAUAAUUGGAAUAAACAUAAAACAGAACAUAACGAGGGUGACAGUGAACAAGACCAAUCUGCGACUAACCAGGAGAUAAACAAGUUUAACGAAAACGAUGUAUCAACGUGGCACAGUUUUUCUUUAUUAAAAGAAUUCAUACGCAAGCCUUACAAUUUUACAGGUAAACUAAGACCUUGGCCCAGAACAAGAUUGAUCCAUUAUAAACCAACGAUAGAAAUACCAAAUUACGUUCUAACUGGUAACAACAGAGAGGAACAGAUAUCGAUGAGACGUCCAAUUAAAAGAUACAAUAGUGAGGAAAUAUCAAGAAUUCGAGAAGCAUGCGCACUAGGUCGUAAAGCCUUAGAUCUAGCGCACAAAUUCGCCAAAAUUGGAGUAACUACUGAAGAAAUCGAUUAUAUAGUUUAUACUUUUAUUGUUUCAAACGGUGGUUAUCCAAGUCCUCUAAAGUACUAUGGGUUCCCUAGAGCAUGUUGUACAAGUGUCAACGAAGUGGUUUGUCACGGAAUUCCAGAUUCGAGACCUCUCCGAGACGGAGACAUAGUAAAUAUCGAUAUAACUGUAUAUUACCAACGAAUGCACGGAGAUUUAAAUGAGACAUUCCUGGUAGGUGAGGUUUCCGAAGCCGCAAAGAAACUUGUUCGAGCUACUUAUGAAGCUUUGAAAAUGGUAAUACCGAUAUGUAAACCAAAUCAAAAGUACGGCAUUAUAGGAAAAACAAUACAACCUCAUUUAAACAAGCAAGGUUAUUCUGUAGUUCAAGAAUAUACCGGUCACGGUAUUGGCGAUGUGUUCCAUACAAAACCUUAUGUAGCACACACUACGCACGGCAAUGGUAGCGAAGUAAUGCAUGAAGGACACGUAUUCACAAUUGAACCCAUGGUUAACGAAGGUAAAAAAACUAUUACCCACUGGCCUGAUGACUGGACAGCUGUUACGUCAGAUGGUUCUCUUUCUGCUCAAUUUGAACACCAACUCUUGAUAACUGCAAAUGGCUGUGAGGUAUUGACUGAACGGCUACCCGAUUCUCCGGCGUUAAGAUGUUUAGACUAA